UUGUUAUUGGUAACAAUAAUAUUGGACAAGACACAUUUCGUAUUGAUGAAAAUAAAGAGCCAGACACCAACUGUUCAACUAUUAAAAACUCAAACAUUCAUAUUUUCUUCCAAAUUCAAUUGAAUUGUAAUAAAAAAAAUCGUCUGCAUGCAGGGAGACAUUGCCAGAUUCAUUUUCCGUUUGAUUUUACCAUUCGAAUCAACAUGUUAAAAUUGCUGCAAAAUUCAGCACGGACCAAAUCCGUGAUACCGUUCAUUUCCACACAAAAUGCACAAUUUUCAAGUGAUGAUAAGCGUAGCCGACGUGAUCGGCUCUUACUUUUGCGGGCUGCACAAAAAAAAUUGUAUGGAAGUGUUGUACGCGACGUCUCCGUAAUUCCCCAAGGAACAAUAAGAAAUAUAAAUUACCAAAACCAAGUACGUUCUGACCACGAAGAACCAUCACCAUUUGAAAUGCCAAUUGUAAAAGAAAAAGUGCCAAAUGUAAAAUUAGUUGAUAAGCAAAUGACCAAUGAACUUCUUUGGUUGUCACAAACUUCAAAUGUUAAAAUACUUAAAAUGAAAAGUUCAAGAGGCAAUUCAACGAAAGCAGAAAAUUUUUCGAGUGAUUAUGAUGAUUCUGAUGAAUCACGGCCAAAAAUGACGGCCAACUUAGACAAGUCAAGUGGACAAAGUGCGACCGGUGGAAUUUUAACGGCAAAAGGUUUAAUCCAACAAUUGGUGACGUCAACACAAAGCAACGACAACAAGCAUCAAUCGCAACCGAUUCCAUUCAACGAUAGUACAUUAAAAUCGAUUGUAAGUUAUCCGUUAAUUUGUGAAAAAAUGUCACAUAGUCAAGUGCACAAGGUGCUCGACGAUAAAUCGAUACCUAUACCAUCGAUAAGUAAAGUAUUACAGGCUACAAUGCCCGAAUCGGCACGAAUCGCACUGCGAAAAUGGAAAUUAAGUAAAAUUGCCGAACUUGGACUGGAUGGAUUUAAACAGUAUGAACAACAAACAUUAGGAAUAGGAAAAGACUUUCAUUUGGCCAUUGAGAAAUUUUUAAUUAGUGGCACUGUGCCGAUGCCCGAUUCACACCUCAUCAAAUUAUGGCAAAGCAUUGACAACAGUUUGAAUGAACUCCAACCAAAACCGGUACUUUUGGAACAACCAAUCAUUCAUGCCGAACUCAAAUACAAAGGAAUCAUCGAUAACGUAUCGAUUGUUCGCAACGAAUUGUGUGCCUUUGAAUGGAAAACGUCGGAAAAAUCAAAGCCAAGAAUAACAUCAACAUACGAUGCACCAGUUCAGUUAUGUGCAUAUUUGGGAGCAUUGAACGCUGAUCCACGGUAUGAUAUGACCGUUAAAAAUGGUCGUGUUGUGGUUGCAUAUAAAAAUGGUGAUACAGCGAAUGUCUUCAAUUUAUCUGAAGCUGAUUUACGAAAAUAUUGGUUACAGUGGUUGCAACGACUUCAGGAAUAUUGGAUUCGAGUGAAAGAUGGUACUCUACCAGAUCCCAUUUGAAUCUUUAGUCACAUAUCGGAUGUUUAUCCACGGUUUUACACAAAAAUCAGAAAAAAAAAACAAAUAUAUUGAACGCUGUUAGGAAGCAAGUGACCCUUAUUGAAUCUGGAAUCCCAUAGGGCUUAAAUGGAUAAGUAUAAAUGAAAAAAAAAAAACGAUUUAUUGAUAAUAAAAACAUUUUUUGUGACUCUUCUCAUCGCAACAUGAUAUGACACUGUUGAAUGAAAUUCUCUUGGAUGAAAAAAAUAAAAAUUGAAUAGAAAGACGUAA